AUGGUUCUUAAAGUUUCGAACCCUAAUAAUGUUAAAAUAUACACAGUUUCUGGAUCAGGAUCUCGUUCAAUACCAGAUUGGCUAGAACGAAGAAAAAAAAGAGUAUUAAAAAACGAUCCAGAAUGGGCUUCUAGAGUUGAAUUGAUUCAAGAUUUUGAAUUUCCUGAAGCUUCGUUACGAAUAAAAACAACGAGAGACGGUCAUUUCGUAAUGGCGACAGGUGUUUAUAAACCGCAAAUUCGUGUUUAUGAAUAUUCAGAUAUGUCAAUGAAAUUUGAUCGACAUACAGAUUCAGAGAAUGUUAAUUUUGUGAUAUUAUCGGAUGAUUGGACCAAGUCCGUGUUAUUACAAAAUGAUAGAACGAUUGAGUUUCAUACACAAGGUGGAAUAUAUUAUAAGAUUAGAGUUCCAAAAUUUGGAAGAGAUUUAGUAUAUCAUUAUCCCUCAUGUGAUCUACUCGUAGGAGCAUCGUCGCAUGAAGUGUAUAGGUUAAAUUUAAGUCAAGGAAGAUUUUUGAAUUCAUUUUCAACAGAUUCAACAAUGGGAGUAAACGUUACAAUAAUAAAUCCAGCACAUCAAUUAUUCGGGUUUGGUACAGAAGAUGGUACAAUAGAAUUAUGGGAUCCAAGAUCAAGAUCAAGAAUUGGUUUAUUGGCUCCACAACUACCUCUUUCAGCCUCUUCUUCAAUGAGUCUUAAUAAUUCACUUCAAGUUACGGCUAUGGAAUAUAGAAAUGAUGGACUUUCUUUAGCGGUUGGAACUUCUACUGGUCACAUCUUAUUAUAUGAUUUGAGAAGUUCAAAACCUUGGUUGGUUAAAGAUCAUCAAUAUGGUUAUCCUAUUAAAAAACUAUCGUGGUAUGAUGAUGUUAUGGGAGAUAGAGGAAAAUCUAAAAUUAUUAGUGCCGAUUGUAAAAUUAUGAAAAUUUGGGACAAAGAUAAUGGAGCUAAUUUUACUUCAAUAGAACCCAAUACGGAUAUAAAUGAUUUUUGUGUUGUGCCGGAUUCUGGUUUGAUCUUCGUUCCUAAUGAAGGAAUACAAAUCGGUGCUUAUUAUAUUCCUUCAUUAGGUCCUGCACCAAGAUGGUGUUCCUUCUUAGAUAAUUUAACGGAAGAAAUGGAAGAAAAUCCUCAACCAAACAUUUAUGAAGAUUAUAAGUUUGUCACUAGAAAGGAAUUAACAAGUCUUGGUAUGGAUCAUUUGAUUGGGACAAAUGUAUUAAAACCAUAUAUGCAUGGAUUUUUUAUGGAUUUACAAUUAUACGAAAAAGCCAAACUUAUUGCAAACCCAUUUGCAUAUGCUGAUUAUCGGGAACGUAUAAUUAAAGAAAAAUUAGAAAAAGAAAGAGGAUCGCGUAUAAGAGUAAAGAGGAAAUUACCUAAAGUUAAUAAAGAAUUAGCAAAUAGAUUAUUAAAGUUUUCAGAAAAGAAAAAGGAUGAUAAACGACAAGGAGAAGAUUCCGCUUCUGCUAUAGUUAAUGAUGAUGCCAUUAAUCCACUUAAGGAUAAUAGAUUUAAUGAAUUAUUUACUAAAUCCUAA